GGUUCGUGUUACCUUGUGAUUCAGAGGCAGGCACUUGCUUACAUAUCUACCGUAGUAAAUCCUUAUUGCGUUAAAGGAGAGCGAGGAAAGUGAACUGGUUUCAUUCACAGAGCAUCCACGGUGCAGCUUGAUGGUGUCAUGGCCACCUCAGCGCUGAAAAUGUCCCCUGUUUUAAUAAGUUUUCUUUAUUCUGCAUUACUCUUUGGAACAAUACUGUGCGAUAAUGAGACGGAGGAAGAUGAGCACGCAAAGCACACUUACACGGUGGAAAUGUUCAACAAUGCAGUUUCAACUGCUCCACACUUCGUGAUGUUCUUCGCCCCUUGGUGUGGCCAUUGCCAAAGGCUGCAAGGAACGUGGAACGAGCUGGCAGAUAAGUACAACAGUAUGGAGUCUCCCCCUGCCUAUGUCGUAAAGGUAGACUGCACUAAGGACACAAAGUUUUGCUCCAGUGACCAUGGAAUCCGCGGAUAUCCCACUCUGAAGCUGUUUAAACCUGAGCAUGAGGCAGUGAAAUAUCAGGGCCCAAGAGACCUGCAAUCUCUGGAGACCUGGAUGCUCAAAACUUUGCAGGAAGAGCCUGAGGAGCCACAGACUGAGCCUGAGCCCCCUAAGGUUCCAGAGCCCAAAAAUGGCAUGUACGAGCUUACUGCCUCCAACUUUAAAGCACAUAUUUCCAAAGGAUCUCACUUUGUGAAGUUCUUUGCACCGUGGUGUGGCCACUGCAAAGCUAUGGCUCCAACAUGGGAACAGCUUGCCACAACCUUUGAACACUCAGAUUUGGUCAAGGUUGGCAAGUUGGACUGCACUCAGCAUUAUGAAAUCUGUUCAGAGAACCAGGUGCGAGGCUACCCUACUCUGCUCUUCUUCACUGAUGGAGAGAAGGUGGACCAGUACAGGGGAAAGCGUGAUCUGGACGCCUUUAAGGAAUUUGUGGAUAAUCACUUGGCAGCUGCUGCUUCCAAAGAUCAGCCUGCUGCAGAAGACGCAAGCACUAAUGAAAUACCAGAGAACAAAGAGCCUGCUAAAGAAGAGUCUAGUGUUGUAGUCCUUAAUGAAAGCAACUUUGAUGAAGUUGUUGCCAAAGGUAUCUCCUUCAUCAAGUUUUAUGCUCCAUGGUGUGGUCACUGUAAGAACCUGGCUCCUGUGUGGGAGGACCUGUCUAAGAAAGUGUUUCCUGGCUUGACUGAUGUGAAGAUUGCUAAAGUGGACUGCACUGUUGAGAGAACACUCUGCAACAGAUUCUCAGUGCAGGGAUACCCGACUCUGCUGAUGUUCCGGGCAGGAAAGCAGGGUGAGGAGCAUAAUGGAGGGCGGGACUUGGAGAGUCUGCACAGCUUUGUCAUGAAGCAGGCCAGAGAUGAGCUGUAGCUUUGCCUACAUUACCCACUGUCUUCUGCUCUAACACCUGAACUUGUUCCUUGUGUUUUCCCUCAGUAUCACAAGCAUGUAUUUCCAUCAGUGAAAGCCCUUUUUUCUCUGCAUUACACAUUUGCUCAGUCUUGUGAGUGAGCACAAUCACAAUGAUUUAUCCAUAGAUAAAAUGUGAAAUGUAUUUGAUAAGUCCAAGUCUUUUGUGGACCUGUGAGAGAAAAUGGUACUAAUGAUUUGACAACCAUUUUUGCAGCAACAGAAAUUCCCUGUGGUUUUGCCUCCCCUUCCUUUAUUUUUCUUUACUGUCAACACAAGAGUGCGUAUGAAUUAUAGUCUUCCUUUUUGACCAUGUUAUAAACACCAAAAUAGAGAUUAUUGCUCCAUAUGAGUUGAAGAGUUUUGUAACAAGAAAUGAUCUGUUGCUAUUUAAGGCAAACUCUUUGGCCUUUGUUUACAGUGCCCGGAAAGACAACCCGGUUUAUUUUUACUGUAAAAAAGAGAAUCAUGUGACUUGGCUCUCAGGGAGAACACUUUUUAAAUAUAAAGUGAAAAUUAUAAGUUCCUCCUUUCUGCCUUUUUUCUUCUCUUAACACCCUAUUCAUUUGUACCCUCAGAUGCUAAAUUUACAAACUGCACUUUCUUUUUGUGUGUUUGUUCUAAACAAAGGAAAUAGUUUUUCAGUGUCUUCCCUCAUGUGGCCAUUUUUAUUUAGUCAUCAUGAGUUUUCAAUUCUAGCCCUGGACACCCAAUGCAAAAAAAAAAGUGCAGCACAUGGAGGUGGCUGAGAUUUGAGAACCAUUUAUAGCACCAUACUAAAUAUCUCUAAAGGAGUUUAGGGAAUUUGAUUAUUAGCAUUUACACUCUUUUAAAAUGGGUUGUUUACUUAAAUGUAAUUUGGGUCUUUGACUCUAGCAUCAACAACAAGUGACAUGAUACUAGUACUGAAAUAGAAGCACUACAGUCUGCUUAUCAGAAUUUUAAAGUACCCUGCUUUUAGUUUUGUAUACUUGCAGAUUAUCCUCCCUUACAUGCUUGUGAUCUUUACAUCCUAAGUGGUCAAAAGCACAUCCCCUGCCCCCCAUCUUCAUUCUCCAAGUGAUUUUUAUUUUUUUUUUCCUUCUCAUUUUUUCUAAGAGAAUGAAGAGUAACAAACAUUCAAAGGAAAGUGACAUUUUCAACAGUGUUUAUGGGAGGCACAUGGUCCAAUGAGACCACAGUGAAAGAGAGCAGUAUUUCUUUGUUUCUUUUUUGUGGGCUACACACUGCCCAUGGAUUUUUGUACAAAAAGAAAACACUGAAAGUUGUAAUACAAAUUUCAUAAUAAAAUGUUUGCUUUUUUCUAAAA